AUGCUGGUGACCAGUGAACAGAGUGGAGUGGAAGACCGUCUUGCACAGAUUGCGGACUCAGCAAUAAUCCCUGAAGUGGACCUGGAAGAAACCGGAUUGGACAGCCAAGAUCAAAUCGUUCAGUUGCUGGUGGAUUUGUUGAAAUCAUCUGGAGAUGAAAUGAAUAAGAAGAUUUUGCAGAAUGACGUUCUCAAGAGACAACUCAGCACUUUAAACUACAGCCUGUUUGAGAAGUUUACCUUCAGCAUGCAAAGUCUAGUUUGCAAAACACCCCAAGAGAAGAUUGCCUGGGCCUUUGAGGUGACCAGCAGAUUGUCUGCUGUGCAUGUUGUCCCCAGGAGGCGGGUGCUCAGCUUUGGCGACCGCUACAUCAGACAGCACCACUCUGCCUGGGUCCAGCAGCACGGAGGCUGGGAAAAAGCGUUUGACAGUGACGCUGUCGACUAAACCCCCAUGAUCAAAACCAUGACUCCUAAAAGUCGUCACUGGGAAGAUGCGAUGCCGUAACUGUUCAAG